CUCUCUGUCUAAGACCCCAAGUCACAGAUAAGUAAAGCCAAACAGGCAGCCAAACCGGAAAUCUACUCCUCUUUCUUUUGAAAAAAACAAGAGAAGAAAUCACCACACUCGUACCACUCUUCUCUCUUUCCCUCGGCGACCAACAAACUGCCAGAAGAACCAAACACACACCUAUGGCAGCAGCAGCUACAGUACCGGACAAUCUAACCAGAGACCAGUAUGUGUACCUCGCGAAACUCGCCGAACAAGCCGAGCGCUAUGAAGAAAUGGUUCAGUUCAUGCAGAAACUCGUCCUAGGUUCUACUCCAUCCGGUGAGCUCACCGUAGAGGAGCGUAACCUUCUCUCUGUAGCGUACAAGAACGUGAUCGGCUCUCUACGGGCCGCCUGGCGGAUUGUGUCGUCCAUAGAACAAAAAGAAGAAGGUAGAAAGAACGAGGAGCAUGUUGUUCUUGUUAAAGAGUAUAGAUCUAAAGUCGAGAACGAGUUAUCUGAUGUUUGUGCUAGUAUUUUAAGUUUGUUGGACUCCAAUCUCAUACCGUCCGCUUCUGCUAGUGAAUCUAAAGUCUUCUAUUUGAAGAUGAAAGGUGAUUACCAUAGGUAUUUAGCUGAGUUUAAAGCUGGUGAUGAGAGAAAAACCGCCGCCGAAGAUACCAUGCUUGCUUAUAAAGCUGCUCAGGAUAUUGCACUUGCGGAUCUUGCACCGACGCAUCCUAUACGGUUAGGAUUGGCACUUAAUUUCUCUGUGUUCUAUUACGAGAUCCUCAAUCAGAGUGACAAAGCUUGCAGCAUGGCUAAACAGGCAUUUGAGGAAGCCAUUGCUGAGCUAGACACUUUGGGAGAAGAAUCAUACAAGGAUAGCACUCUAAUCAUGCAACUCCUUCGGGAUAACCUCACCCUGUGGACUUCAGAUGUCCAGGACCAGUUAGAUGAGCCGUAGAAGGCAUCACAAGCUUCGGCUGGUCCUAGUCUUCUUUUGGAGGAGGUGGGCUUUGAAUGUCAUCCAUUUGUCCUGAAAGUGUUUUUAACCCUAAGAAAACCCCAUCACAUGAUAGUUUAUGUUUGGAUUGAACUUACCUUUUGAUCUGGAGUUAUUUGGUAAGAGGGUAGCAUUCUAUGUGUGUUAGGCCGUCUUGUUUUAUUUGGUUGCAAAUGCAUUAUGGCAUUAUGUUCUUUAUAUAAUAUCAGAAGUUAUGUC